AUGCAUGCAGAAUUAUUUUACAACCUGGAGUUGCCCUCUUCCAUUGCCAAUGAUAAUGUUCAUUACGAGCUAUUCCAACGGCCGCUCGCUCGCCCCUCCCGUGCCCCGGGGCGCUGCUCCGCCUACGAGCAGCAAGGGCAGCGCGCCGAGCGCUCGGGCCGGGGCGGCGGCCCCGCGUUACCUGCGCGCUGCUGGCCCGCGGCCGCCCCGUCCCAGCGCUCUGCUGCCGGGCCGCGCUCGCAAAAUGGCGGCCGCGAGGGACGGGCCGGGCCGGGCCGGGCCGAGCGGGCACAGCAGAGGGACAGCCCGUGUGCCCGGGCCGGGGACAGCAGAGGGACAGCCCGUGUGCCCUCCCGGGGUCCCUCCCGGGGUCCCUCCCGGGUCCCUGGCGCGGCCCAGCCGGUUGCAGGGCCCCCGCGGCUCGCCUGCUGCUGCUCCCCAGUGCUGCUGGCAGGGGCUCCCUCAGGCACCUUCCCAAGUGUGGCCGACCCGCCGGCAGUCGGCUGCUCUGUAAGUAGUGACAUAAACACUAAAUGGAAGCAAAUUGGUGAUUGCCUCUUCAAGACUUCAGACCAUUGUGGAAUUGGAGGAAAUGAAAACUCAUUGUUGGAUCUGGAAGGAAAACACUGCCUUGUGGAAAGGAGAAGGACAGAUGUGGCACUAAAGAGCCGGAACCGUGGAUUAGCGGUUAAUGACCUCUGCAUACCGCACUUCUGGAACGUCCUUGACAGAAUAAAUCCUCGUAAGACAAUAAACUCAACUUUGAAAAGCGUCAAAAAGAUCAUUUAUUUAUUUAUUUGGACGUUCCGCUUGACGGUGUACAGAUUCAUUUUAAUGGAUAAAGGUGCAACUGCUAAGUCAUCAUCUGCUGUGUUCACCCCAAAUGCUGCUAAAGGAUGGAUGAAGAAGAGGGAUGGAGUCUUACAAACUGCAAAAUGGAAUGCUGCUUUAGCUUCUAAAAUCAAAACUAAAUUAAUAAAUAACUCAUCUAUGUUUAAAGUAUCAUUACAACAAAAUAACAAAGCAUUAGCUUUGGCUUUGAGUGUUGAAAAAGAAAAUUCUCGCAAGCUAAAGAAUGAGAAGAUUUUUCUUCAGAAGGAAGUAGAAAAACUCCAGCUUCAUAAUAUCUCACUUCGUCAAAAACUAACCUGUUUGAAUAAAACUCUUAUUGGAAUAGAUGCAUUUUUGAACGAAAAUCUCUUAACUGCAAUAGAAAUAAGCAGUCCUUCUGAGGAUCUCCAGAGUUCCUUUCCCCUGUCAGCUGGCCCAAGCAGCCCUGCUGGUCACAAGUUCAGGGGCGCACGUCAGUCGGCUCGAUCUGUAGAAUUGUCAGCAAAGCUUCCUUACAUUACAACAGCUAAUGCAAAGCAGCAAGGUAGCCCUUCUCUGGGUGAAGCAUCAAAUCCUUACAAAUGUAUCAGUAAUUUGACAGAGGAAAUGCAUGCAGAUCAAAUCAAGUUUGCAUCACUCUUGCCUUCUGGUACAAAUAAUCAAAAGUUAAUUGAAACAGAACCAAUGGUUGACAAGAACAGAUUUUUGAAAGAACAUCAGCUGUGUGCAGAAUUAAGUUGCAAUAGUGCCUUCCUGACUCAUGGAAAAGAUACGCAAUCCUUAGAACAGUCUGAGGAGCCUACAGAACAAUAUCAUGGUAGUUCAUUGCCAUCCUAUGAAAAUGUGACUGAAAGAAAGAAAAAUGCAGUACUUUGUAAGUCAAAACCUCAACCUAAUGUAAAGGAUUUUGAUAAAAAAUGUAGGUCAUUGAAUCUGCCUCAUCAUGAUAUCAAUGGUAGCAGCAAUGCCAAUGAUAGGAAUUUGCAGGAAGAUUCAAGUGACUUGUCUUGGCUUAUUCUUUCACCUCUUACAUUUAACAGUGAAAAUAAGACAGAUUUUAACAAGCUGCUUUUUACUGACAAGAUGAAGCCUGAAGAAACUGUUUAUGAUGCUGAUAUGGAGUUGACUUGUAGUGAUGCAAGUGAACUACUCACAGUUACAGCAAAAGGCAAUUAUAAAUUGCACCGAAAUAAAAUUAAUAAUGCCAAUUCUGACAAAAUAUUACCAAAUUUCAGAAAAGUAAAAUAUUCUAAGAAGGACAAAGAAAAAAUUAAAAGCAAGACUGAAGUCCAUUCAAAUGUGCAUGCAGAAGAAAGGCACUCUAGGGCUGACAGUAGUGAAAUUUCAGAAACUACUGAUUCACAAACUCAGCUAUUCCAAAGUCAGACAGAACAGCUGCCUACAGGAAAUUCUGUAGAGCAACAGAGUAGAACAGGUAAAGCUAAGGAUGCCAGGAGGACAUACCAGGUUAAUGUAAUAAGUCCAAGAAAACUGGAGACAAAUAAAGGAAUUUCCUCAGAAAUGUCUGGAGAAGUGGACAGCAGAAUACGAAAAACAGACUCGAGCUCAUCUGUUAACAAGAUCCCACCAGAAGUUCAUUGUGCUGAAAAUUUACCAUUCCAGGAUAGCAUUUCUGAUGUAUUGCCUUCUUUACAGCAGGGCUUUCUGAAUACAAAUGAGAAAGAUAACAAACCAACAAUAAAGAGGAAAACUUCUCAAAACCUUUCCAAAGCAAACACAGCAAAAUCCUGUAGAGAGGAAAAUGGCCAGGAUGGAGAAUAUAUUUCAAAAAAAUCUCAAACCGAGGUAAACCAAUGUGACAGCAGCAAGAAGAAACAAGACCAGAAGAACAUUACACAGAGAAAAAUCAACAAAAAAAGUAGUUAUAGACAAGGUGGAGAAACUGAAAAGGACAGCCCUCAUAAAGUUAGUCAGAAGGCAGACAGAAAGAGCAGCCAUUUCUCACCAGGCAGAUUGAAGCGUACAUUGGCAAAGGCCAGCCGGAAAGCAUGCAUAAUACCAACGGAAAAUCUUACGCGCUUCUCAGUUUGUAAAAAUGAAGAAUUAAAAAAUAAGGAUUCAUUGGUUGCAGAGACUGGAAAGAAAGUAACUUUAACUCAGCAAAUGCAAGUAGCUUUAGUUACUCAGAAUGGUGGAGCUCUGUAUACACCAGAAGCUAAAGAACAUGUUGAUGAUGCUGCUAACAGGUUAAAGAAAGUAGAUUCCUCAGCAGUGGCCAAAAAAACAGAAAAAAACACCUCCCACAUAAGUAAUUUUCCUGAUAAGCAUAUAAAGCAGAAACAGAGGUUUAGUUCUGAUAUUACUGAGACCAGACAAGAAAAAAGUUAUUUCAGGCAUAUUGAUCAAGGGGAUCAGAAUAUUUUGGAUGACCAGGAAGUCCCUCAUGAAAUGAAUUCCUUUGUGAGUAAGUUGAGGCCUGUGAUUGAAGUUGAAUGCUGUAAGAAUAUGCCAUGUAAGGCAGAAAGCCUUUCCCAGGAAGGUCUUUCCAAUGUGGAGCUCCCAGCUCUUGAUAAUGCUUCCAUCAACUUCUCUAUAUUGAAAAGCUCUGAAAUCCAUGGGCAAAAUGAUCAUAAUGAAGCACCGGAUGCUGAAAAAGUAGAACAAAAUAUGGAUCAUACUUCUAAACAGAGUAACAAAAAUACUCUGACACCUUGUCAUGGGAGAAAAGCUUUCCAAGAUCUGACAAAUACUAGUAUACAAUUUCACACUCCUGUACCUAAAUCCCCCCAAACUUCAGAAGACUCAGCACCACUGAGACGAAGCAGAUCCACUGUUUGCUACAAGGAGCCCAGUCUGCACAGCAAAUUAAGGCGAGGAGAUCGAUUUACAGAUACACAAUUCCUGAAUUCCCCAAUCUACAAAGUUAAAAAUAAAGGAAAUUUUAAAAGCAAAUCAAAAUUUUAUUGAAGAAUAGAGAAUUGCCUUUAUGGACAAUACUUCUAAAACGGGUACAAUUGUUUAUGUAUAUAUGUAAAUGUUUAGCAAUAUAAAGUGUUUGUUGUUCUUUGAUUAGUAAAGAUCUUCCACAAUGAAAUUUUUUGGAGAAGAACCUCUAUAAAAGGGGCACAGAAUACCUUACUGAGGAAUGCGUAUAUAGGUUAGACUCACUCAUGUUUUGCAUUGCUGGUCAAUAAUUUAUAAUCUGUUCAAAUGGUUUGCAGCACUUCUUAAAUUGUUGGAAAAGAUAUGUUUUAAUGAGAAAUAAAAAUAAACCAGCUUUGGGAAUUGUA